AUGGCAGUUUUCAACCUCACCCCCUCUGAUCCUUCAGUGUUCAUCCUAAUGGGCAUCCCUGGCCUGGAAGCUGCCCACAUCUGGAUUUCCAUCCCUUUCUCUAUGUUCUACAUUAUUGGCCUGAUGGGAAAUUUCAUGAUUCUCUUUGUUGUCGGUAAAGAACACACCCUGCACAAGCCGAUGUACCUGCUUCUCUGCAUGCUGGCACUCACAGACAUUGGCAUGUCUACAUCUGCCGUGCCGAAUGCACUGUGCAUAUUUUGGUUCAAUUUGAAGGGCAUUACUGUGGGUGGCUGCCUCACCCAGACUUUCUUCCUUCACAUGGUUUAUACAAUGCACUCAGCUGUCCUAGUGACAAUGGCCUUCGAUCGAUACGUUGCCAUAUGUAACCCUCUGAGAUAUGCUACCAUCCUCACCAAUGCACAAAUAGCUAAUCUAGGGCUUGUGGGUUUGAUAAGAGCUCUUCUCUUCAUUCUGCCCAUGCCCCUGCUCCUGAGCAGACUCCCAUUCUGUGCCAACCGCAUUAUCCACCACACGUACUGUGACCACAUAGCUGUAGCAAAGACAUCGUGUGGGGACAUCACAGUCAACAGGAUGUAUGGCUUGGUGAUAGUGGUUUUAGUCAUUGGGUUAGACCUGACACUCAUUGUCCUGUCAUAUGGCCUGAUAAUCAGGGCUGUCCUCAGAAUCUCCUCCAAGAAAGCCCACCAGAAAGCCCUCAACACCUGCACAGCCCACGUCUGUGUGAUGCUGAUUUCUUAUACUUCUGUCCUCUUAACCACUCUGAUUCACCGAUUUGGAAAGGGCAUAGCUCCCCAUGUCCACAUCAUCUUGGCCAACCUCUAUGUCCUUCUCCCGCCCAUGCUCAACCCUAUCAUUUAUGGGGUCAGAAUCAAAGAACUUCGUGACAAAGUAGGCAAAUACACCUGCAGAAUAUGA